AUGACUACAGAAGAAGGCUGCUGCUGUUGCAAUGGAAAUUGUCUAUCAUUAGACUGCCCAUGCUUUAAACGAGGCGGAAUUUGUGGUCCAAACUGCAAAUGCCAAAAUUGUAAGAACAAAUCCGGCUGGGACACGGAGAGAUUGAAUGCCAUUGAAAAUAUGCUUUCACAAAAUACUGUAGCUUUUACUUCUACAGAUCAAUUAUAUCCAGAAGAAUAUAAUUUAAUAUCAAAUUUUGCCAUGCUUUCAUCUUCGAUAGAUUCAGAGCAAUUCCACUCAAAGCAACGCGAUAUACCAAUAUCACGCUUACUAACACAAGAAGUUACUCAACAAGCCAUUAAAACUGUAAUUUCUGCUGCACACAGGCAAUAUAAUAAGCAACCUGCAGCAGAAAAUAUUGAAGAAUUACUAGAAAACUGCGUUUCUUCUGAAUUUGAAAACGUCCUCAAGGCAAUUUUAUCUGCUGUACAACAACAAUCAGCACAGUAA